AGAAAUGAAGAGAACAGAACUCAAGUUAAUAGUUGGCCUAGGAAAUUAUGGCAACCAAUAUGUUAAAACUAAGCAUAAUGUAGGAUUUCUAGCUCUAGACUACCUUUCCUUCAUGAUGAGGAUACCUCUCCGGUCUAGUAACCCUAUGGGUGGGGAUAUAGGCGAAAAGAACGGAGUUGUUCUAUUCAAACCACGUUCAUAUAUGAACAUUCUUGGAGCAAAUGUUGCCAAUGUUGUGAACAAGAAGAAGAUUGAACCGAGAAAUAUCAUACUUCUUCAUGAUGAGCUGGAAUUAGGCACCGGGGUCUGUAAAUAUAGAGAGGGAAAUCUGAGCCACAAAGGCCACAAUGGGAUAAAAUCUGUCCAAAAUAAACUUCGAAAUAAUGAAUUCAAAAGAAUAAGAAUCGGAAUAGACAGGCCUAAAUCAAGAGCACCUAAGGAUGUCGCAGACUACGUUCUAAAAGGUUUUAACAAGAAUGAUCUUAGAGCUUUAGAAGAUGAAGCUUUUCCUCAAAUUUUAAACAUGGUCAGGAAUAAAUUUUUAACUUAACCAAUCGAUAAAAUAUCUUUCAAUUCAAAA